GCUGUAUUGCAUUAUGUUUCAAUAAAAAAUCCUUUAUCGUGAAAAAAAUUUAAAAAAAUAUUAGUAUAGCCAAAGGGAACACCUAAAGUUGAGUGUUUAAGCAAAAAUUACAUUUUGUUUUAACAAACCAAAGAGAAUAUGAACGUACGGUUACUAAGCCGACUGCAGCAACGCUGGAGUGUUUUGAGACGUUAUGCGACAAAACCAUCAUCUUUGUCCGGUGAAGAAGUGCGUAUUGGCACUGGCAUUGGAAAUAUAACAGGCAGAGCUCGUGACGAUGCCAGCUCGCUUACUGUAAAUCAGCCUUCCACCAAAAUAGUCACCAAUCUACCACCGCUAACGGAUCCGGUACCAAAUCUUCCUGAAGUUGAGUAUGCGCGACCACUAGCCGAAAGCAGUCUUACACAAGUCACUACACUGCCGAAUGGAUUACGUGUGGCAUCUGAACCCAGAUUUGGUCAGUUUUGCACAGUUGGACUCGUGAUCGAUUCGGGUCCACGUUAUGAAGUCACCUACCCCAGUGGUGUUUCACAUUUUCUUGAGAAGUUGGCCUUUAAUUCAACUGAGAAAUUUCCAAAUAAAGAUGCUAUACUAAAAGAAUUGGAGAAAAACGGUGGUAUUUGCGAUUGUCAGAGUUCGCGUGACACUCUCAUCUAUGCUGCAAGCAUUGAUAGUCGAGCAAUUGAAUCGGUUACACGCUUACUUGCCGAUGUGACAUUGCGACCAACACUACAUGCCGCGGAAGUGAGCGCUGCGCGUAAAGCGGUACAAUUUGAACUUGAAACGCUCGGCAUGCGUCCGGAGCAGGAACCCAUAUUAAUGGAUAUGAUACACGCAGCGGCAUAUCGUGAUAACACUUUGGGACUGCCAAAAUUAUGUCCAUCAGAAAAUCUUUCAUUAAUAGAUAGAAAUGUCUUAAUGAACUAUUUGAAGUAUCAUCAUACACCUCAACGUAUGGUAAUAGCCGGUGUCGGGGUUAACCACGACGAGCUGGUACGAAACGUUGAGAAGUAUUUUGUAGAGGAAAAAGCAAUUUGGGAAACUCAAGUUAUCAAAGGCACGGGAGCAACAGAAGUCGAUGCCUCAGUUGCACAAUACACAGGUGGCUUGAAAAAGGAAGAAUGUGAAAUACCGAUUUACGCCGCUACUGGACUACCAGAGCUCGCACACGUUGUUAUCGGACUGGAGGGUUGCUCUCAUCAAGAUCCCGAUUUUGUGGCAUUAUGUGUUUUAAAUAUAAUGAUGGGCGGUGGCGGUUCGUUUUCCGCUGGCGGUCCCGGCAAGGGCAUGUACUCGCGUUUAUACACGAACGUUCUUAAUCGCUAUCAUUGGAUGUAUAGCGCUACGGCAUAUAAUCACGCCUAUGCAGAUACUGGUCUAUUCUGCAUACAUGCCAGCGCUCCGCCUAGUAACGUACGUGACAUGGUUGAGGUUAUUACACGUGAACUCGUCAACAUGGCAAGUGAGCCGGGCAGAGAUGAAUUGAGUCGUUCCAAAAUUCAGUUGCAAUCGAUGCUAUUAAUGAACCUGGAAUCAAGGCCGGUUGUAUUUGAAGAUGUGGGUAGACAAGUUUUGGCAACAGGUCAUCGCAAGCGACCUGAACACUUUAUACGUGAAAUCGAAAAAAUCAGUCAUGGUGAUAUACAGCGUGUAGCUCGACGUUUACUCGCCACCGUGCCAUCAAUGGCUGCCCGUGGUGAUAUCGGCAAAUUACCGGAGAUGAAGGACGUACAAAGCGCUCUCAGCAACGGCGGUCGCUUAUCCUCUCGGCGACUCUCACUGUUUAAGUGAAAAUCCCCAUGUACAUACAAUUAAAGAGAAUAUCAAGUCUUUUUGCUUUAUAUAGGUAAUAUAAACGAAAUAUAAUUUUUGGAAUGAUAUGUAAGCACGUGUGUUCCGUUCAAAUAAAGCCCAGUUAGUGAAUCCAUUGCAGCAUAUCAUACCCUCGUAGCAAUUACGUAAAUUCUCACACCAAACUCAUAAGCAAUCACUUUUGUAUAACUAAUACAUUAAAGGUCAACAUAAAAUCUAUUAGAUGCUAAAAAAUUACAAUUUCAUGCGUUUUGAUUGACGAAGAAAACAAAAAGCGCGCAUAUAGAAAAUAGUUUGUAUUAGUAAUUACUCGUAGCCACAAAUUAUGCAAUGGAUUCAGACAAAGGCAUGAGUUUAAAUUCAUUGUUGAGAGUGUAUACAUCACACUUAUAAAUAUGUAUGACAAAAAUAUGUUUUUUCUUCUAAACGAAAAAUUAUGUAAACCGGUGAGUCGGCAAAAAUAAAUCUGCCAUACCUUGCAUACAUUUUUUUAUGUAUAAAUUCGAAAAAUUAAAUUUAAAUAUCGAAAAUAAAACGAUAAACCGGUUUGGAUAAACAAAAAGCACAA